UGCAGUUCCAAGCCAACGUAUAUUAUUUCGAAGCAGCAUCGCUGUUAAGUGUGCACUUGGAUAGGAUAAAUCGGGUUAAGAGUCAACUUCGUCUAUACGUUUAGCCUUCUACUCGCAUAUGCAAUCAAGAUUUUGACACACACCGUAGAGGUUUCGAUCAGCACCGAUUAAGAGCGAUUGACAAGAAAGCAGACAUACAAAACACAGUCGGACUUUCUAUCGCUGGUGUUUAACAAAAUCACCUCUAGUUCUCUGCAAGGCAAUAUUGGUUGUGUGCUUAUUUCCAAGCCCUGACAAAUUACAGUUCUCCACGCCGUAAGGAACUUAAAAAACAAAAGUAAGUACGCUUACUCCUCUAACACAACAACCGAACACGUAAAGGCAUUCAUAUUGCCAAGAUAAUGGAAAGGUGUGUGUGCAGGAAGCAGAGCUUUUGUGAAUAUCGGGACGACGAUGAAGAAUUACUUGGAGUUAACUGCACAUCAUGUGGUCAAGAGUGGCUAAAAGAAACCAGCAAUCCAAGAGAAAGAAUAAUUUUUCAAGGACAAGAAAUGGGCAAAUACACUCAUAAAGAAUGCGUUGAUAGUGGCUUCUUAAUGACCAGACCAGAAAGAACCAAAAUCACACCGAGGAACGUGAGCUCGCUGAGAAAAGGGGAUCAUAUUACUUGGCAUAGGUCUUAUGGAAUCUGGCAUCACGCGAUUGUGGUAAAAACAUUUUCGUCGGGACAGAUUGAAGUUUGUCAUUUUGCUUCAGACAAAACGAGAUUGAAAGCGAUAAUUAAAAACAAAGUAAUGGAUCCUCUAAAGGAAAAUGGUAACCUCUACCGAAUCAAUUACAGCAGUAUUCCAGACGAAAAUUCUGCUGAAUUAGUGGUUGCGAGAACAAAAGUUCUUCAAUCAAUGUCUACAAUCGGCGAAUACUGCUAUAACUUUUUCAGAAACAACUGUGAAAAUUUUGCGACAUUUUGUAAAACCGGCUUCAGCAUCAGCUACCAGCUUGAGUGGUUGAAAAAAAAUGCGCAACAUGCAAUAGAUCUUGGGGUUGACUUUGGAAAGGACCCAAGUGUUCGAAGGAGGUUGUACCAGUUACGAUUUGUGCUGUAUGAAGGUAUCGAAGCAUUGACGGGCGCUGGAGAUGUCUUAGGUGCCGGUUUGCUGGUGCUAGGUGAAGUCUUCAGUUGUUACAAAGACAUUGGUGAGAUCAACGCAAAGGAAGGAAUGACAGAUGAAGAUCGCCAUUUUGAAAAACACAACCGUCUCUAUGCAUGUGCAGGAGGAAUGGUCCUUGGGGCAGUUGGUAGCUACGCUUUGGGGCAGUACAUGGGAUCAACAUUGGGUAGCCUUAUCGGUGGUCCGUUGGGAUUAUUUGUUGGUAGAAUGAUUGGCGGUUGGGUCGGUGGUUUGAUUGCAUCAAGUGGAAACAAUGAAUAUGUUCGUUACUAAAUUUCGGUUUAAGUAAAUUAUAGUCCAGAGUUUCUUAACAUAGCGCCUAUGAUGAUUUUUCCACAUAAAACACAGAAAUCGUAUGUUUGACAUUAAUUCAAAGAUUUCGCAUAACUGUUAACACAUUUAAAAGCAACACUAUUACAUUUAAUGGUCCGUUUAUGCAAUGCUUAUUUGGUUUUGAAAGUAAAACUUCAUUCUCGGUAACAUUCGUUCAAUGUUAAAUAAACAUUCUUGACUUGAGGAUAUAUUGGCGUACAUUAGUUGAUUAGAUGAUCCCUCUAUGCCUAUGCCUCUGCGUUCAUGUAUAGUUGGAAUGUGGUGUGUAUGAAUUCUUUUGUUUGAGUUAUUUAAAAUAGAUCACAUUAUAGUCAUGGUUUCAAAGUUUCAAAGUUUGUAUUGUAAUGCUCAUAUAAUACAUGUGGUUAAAACAUGUUAGCGUAAUAUCGAAUAAAUACUAUGUUUUCUUUUGAACAGUAUUUUAAGGUGAAGAGACAGUCGGAUUGUCUGUUCCUAUUCGUUUCAAAUAUGCAUAUAUUUGACAUUCUUCUGCAUAUAUUAAAAGAAAAUGCGCGUAUGUCAUUGUAUCAAUGUAAUUUGAUAUGCAAAUAAAUA